AUGCAACAGACCGCUGCUCCUUGUCGGCUAUUGCAGAGAUUUGAAGAGGUUGUUGAUUCUUCUCGGCAAUGGUGGUCGCAGUUUCUUGAUUUAGAGGGGGGCGGCGGCGUUUGGUGGCGUUGGCGCUGGCGCGGCUCUGACAGUAAGAGCUUGAACUGUUAUCCCGUGAAACAUGGAAAGCAGAAGCUCUGCAUGAGGUUUGAUCCGGAUGAUGCUGUUACGCUGGCCAAGCGCCUCUCCGUUGCUUGGUCCUUGCCCCUGUGCCUGGGCUGGAGCGGCUCGCGGUGGAUGGCAGAGCGUUGGCUGAAUGAUCUGGGCCAUCUGUCGGCUUUCCAGCUUGGCCGGGCCAUGUGCCAGCCUGCCAGGAUCACCCUUCGCGUCAACACCCUCCGGACAACGCGCCUGCAGCUCAUGCGACAACUCUCGGACCAUGGAAACGGCCGGCCUCCUGGUGGCGGAGUUUGGCAGCUGCCGGGCUACAGCGAGGGCCUUUUCGAAGUGCAGGACGAGGGCUCCCAGAUCCUGGCCCUUGCCACGGAGGCUCGGCCUGGCGAAGCGGUUCUCGACUACUGCGCCGGCCGCGGUGGCAAGACCUGGCUUCUUUGUUCUCUGGUGGCUCCGGAUGGCCGUGUUACUGCCUGGGAUGUGGAUGCGGAGCUUCGCAAGCAGCUGCGAGGGGACGGCAGCCGGGUCGUGGUAACACUUGUGAACUCUUCCAUGGGCCCAAGCUCCCUCCCUCUUUCUGCUUCGGGCUUGGUGCGAAGUGGGAUGCUUGCUGAGUUGUGUGGAAAAGGCAUUGUACCGGAGGGUCCACAUGUUUUCAAGAAGCUCGCCCUCCUCCCUGGACUCUUUGCCGGCGCUGCGGAGGCGCGAGCCAAGCGCGCAUCCGUCACCGAUCUCCUAGAGGUGGCAACUGACAAGCCGUCGUCGCAGGCGGACGUGGUGCUGGUGGAUGCCCCAUGCUCUUCCUGCGGCGUUUGGAGGCAGAGGUGGGCUCUGCAGGAGUCCGAAAUCGACCGCAUCGCAGUUCAGCAGCUGCAGAUUCUGGAGGAAGCCUCGCAUCUCGUCCGUGUGGGCGGCCGCCUGGUGUACGCCACCUGCUCCUUGCUCCGUGCGGAGAACGACGCCGUUGCCGAGCGCUUCGAAGAAGUGGUGGGAGAUUGCUUUGGGCGCUGGCCUUUCCGGAAUGGCAGGCAGGACAUGCUGCAUGGGAUGAUGAUCUGUGACCAUCUGUGA